AUGGACGACAACCAGCACACUCGCGUCGCCGACUUCCUCGACGACAAGCUCCAGAACGCAGGGGAUCUUGGCGAGCUCGACGCCCUAUUGGCCAACAUCACCACCCAGCAUGGCCUGCUCCGCCAGCAGCUCGACGACGCUCAGCGCGACCUACACACGGCCAAGGAGGCGUCGCACUCGCACCAUGGCGACCUCACCCGGCGCGCCGACCACUUCAGCCAGGAGCAGGCCGACAUUGACCGCCGCCUGAUGGUCAUGACCGCCUCGGAGACGAGUGACGAUGCCGUGCCCCGCUUCCAACACGUCCUCGACACGCUGCACCGCCUCGACGUGGCCCAUGGCUACGUCCAACUGCUGACCCAGGUCGACAGCCUCAGCAAACAAGCCCACGCCCAGCUCCAGACGUCCAACGAAGCCGCCCUCGCGCCCUACAAGCAGCUGCGCGCACUGCACACCCGCCUCGUCAACCUGCAAGACGACGCAGAGGGCGCUGCUCCCCAGCUGCUGCACCACGUCAACACCAUCACCCACGCCCUGCGCACCAAGAUCCUCGACGCCUUCUCCGCCGACCUCGACCGCACGCUCAAGAAGAUACACUGGCCCACGCCCAAGGCCACUGUCCCCAGCCAGCUGCACGAGGAAUGGGAGACCGCCAUCGUGAAGCUGCUCGACCUGCAGCUUCCCGAGCUGCAAGGCAUGACUUAUGCCAGCGGAGCGGGCGACAAGAUCAAACUCCCGCCCGUCCUCUUCCCCAUCGAGGUGCUCGUGCAACCGCUCGAGAUGCGCUUCCGCUAUCACUUCGACGGCGACAAGCCCACCAAUCGCAUCGAUAGGCCCGAGUACUUUCUCACUCACAUUACCACGCUUUUGAACGACUACAGCGCAUUCGUUAGUGACCAUGUGCAACCUGUCCUACUUCGUCACUUCCGGGGCACAAAUCUCGCGCUUAACCCCGUCUACAUCGACGCCAUGUCCGCCUUCAUAACCGCUCUACUGCCCAUGUUGCGCUCCAAGAUUGGCUCGCUACUGCCCAAGGUCGCAGGCCAGCCCCAGCUGCUGAGCCACCUCAUGCACGAGAUGAUGAGCUUUGACACGACUAUCAGAGACACUUGGGGAUAUGACGGCGGCUAUGGCGUUGACGGGUGGAAGGGCCUGUCAUGGGAAUUCCUUGUUCAGGGCGACUGGUUUGGCCGGUGGCUGCAGGUGGAAAAGGACUUCGCACUGUCUCGCUAUCAGAACAUUGUCGAGGCUCCAGACUUUGGUGAUCUCGACUACGAGAGCGUCGAUCCCAAAGCCACCAAGCCCACCAAGGGAGCGAUCCGCGUCAACGACCUGCUCGAAACCAUAACGGGCAUACCCUUGACAUCCUUCAGCCAGAAGCUCACUUUCCUGAUAGACAUUCAGAUUGCCAUUUUCGACAAACUCCAUGAAAGGCUGCAGAGCAAUCUGGAAGCCUACCUAUCCAUGACCACGUCACUGGGUCGCGCUAUGGGCGGUGUGACCAAGGAGGAGCAGGAGAAGCUGCUUGGCGUCGACGGACUGGAGCGCCUCUGCAAGACGUAUGGUAGUGCUGACUACCUUGAACGGGCAAUGCGUGACUGGAGUGACGAUGUGUUCUUCCUCGAUAUCUGGGAAGGCCUACAAGAUCGUGCUCGUGGCCAGACUAGCAAUAUUGGUACCAUGAGCGUUGCCGAUGUGGCAGAACGCACGUCUAAAAACGUUGAAAGCGACGACGUCGAUGGUGGCUCACUCUUUGACGAAACGGCAUCGUGGUACGCGCGCCUCCGUGAACGUAGUGAGAAGAUUAUCAUCGAUACACUAAACAGUAACGUCCGUGAGGCGCUGCGUCCGUAUCGGCACAUUAACCCAUGGGCAACUCUUAGCGGCGCUUCCGCUUCAGCCUCGAACGCCACGGAACUCUCCCCGACUGCAGAAAUCGACCCAUUACUUAGUUACCUACGUAGCACGCUAGCGUUCCUCUCGCGCGCCCUAGCAUCCGCGCCGCUGCGUCGCAUUACUCGGGCCGUAUUGACUACCAUUUCGACCACGCUCUGGGAGAAUGUGCUUAGUCGAUAUCGAUUCUCCACGCAAGGUGCUGCCCAGCUCCAUGCUGAUCUGGCCGCUGUGUGCCGCGUCGUAGACAAGCACGUAGGUACAGGAGUUGCAGAAGCGGGUCUAGCAAAAUGCCUUGAAGGCAUCAAAAUCGUUGGGUUACCUGUAAAAGGUAGUUCAGCCUCGCAGGUUGAUACUGCAAAAGGUCGGGAUGACGAUGGUGGCGACGAAGACGAGGACUGGGAUACUGAGGCUUGGGACGCAGAAGACGGUGACGAGGUCCAUGAUGCUCCGCAAAAAGCAAAUACCGCCCGCGGCACCGCGUCUGGGGUUGAUGUAGGGGAACUGGGGCUGUGGGAGGUGGAGAGGCGUCUUUUUGCGGAUAACCAAUCUGCGAGGGAUGUGCUCGAGGACUUGGGAUUGGAGUUUCUGAGUGAGACGGAGGCGCGGGCAUUGCUGAGAAGGAGGGUUGAGCUGGCUGGUUAA